AUGGAUCCAAAUUUCGUUUUAAAUCUUGACGAUUCUCAAGAUUAUCAAAGCUUUCAAGGUUAUGAAAGCUCUCAAUUUUUCCCAAAUCUCAAUCAAUUUCCUGUCACUGAAAAUAUUCAAACCUCACACAAUACCGGAAAAAACCCAAGAAGCGAUAAAUGGGAUGCUGAUGAAGAUAUCACUUUAAUGUCAACAUAUUGCAUCGUUAAUGAAGAUAAGCAUCGUGGAAAAAACCAAAAGAAAACAUCAAUAUGGGCACAAGUGAAGGAGCUAUAUGAUGCAAAUCAAGUAGAAAACCCAGGAAAGCUUAAUAAUAGGAACAUAGCUCAAAUGAAAGGUCGUUAUAAACGACUUAAUGAAAGUGCUGGAAAAUGGGUUGGUGUUUAUUAA